CCCAGCUGGACCCUCUUCCAUUUAAUCCAACAUUAUCUCCAAGCAACUUCUUGUGCCCUCACUUUCUAUGCAUGCUAAACCCCAGAUGCUCUUCAGACAAUACUCAAAAGUGAAUAAAUAUAUUGAGAAUUGUUCAUAUGGAGGGAAGUUCUGCGAUGUCAAAUGGAAGAGAAGGCACUGAAAUUGACCUGUCCAAGAUAACACUGAGGCCGUUGGAUCUCGCGGAUAUUGAUGAUUUCAUGGUAUGGGGCACAGAUGAGAAAGUCACAGUUUUCUGCACUUGGGAACCCUAUGCUUCCAAAGAAGAAGCCCUAAACUUUAUCAAGGAUGUUGUCGUCCCACACCCCUGGUUUAGAGCAAUCUGCCUUGACAACAGGCCAAUCGGUGCCAUUUCAGUAACCGCUUUCCCGGGCAAUAAUCGGUGCAGAGGUGAACUUGGAUAUGUUUUGGGGUCCAAGUACUGGGGCAAAGGGAUUGCAUCCCAGGCUGUGAAAUUGGUGGCUGAUACAAUAUUCAAAGAGUGGACACAUUUGGAUAGACUUGAAGCUCUUGUUGAUGUGGACAAUGUGGGAUCGCAAAGGUUACUUGAGAAGGUGGGCUUUCAGAGAGAAGGUGUGCUGAGAAAAUAUUGUAUGUUGAAGGGAAGGAGUAGGGACAUGGUGAUUUUCAGUCUUCUCUCUACGGAUUGGCAAACUUGAUGUAUUUGUACCAAGUAAAAGUAAUAGGACAAUUAUGAAUGUUCUAUCUGAUAUGUACUUAUGAUUUUAAUUGGUAAAAAUGUAAUGGUAUUUCAUGAAUCCACCUUUUAUAUUAUAAUGAUAAUGUUUGUGUCUUCACUCC